ACCGGAAGUAUACCGGUUUCUAUAGCUCGGUUUAUUAGUUUCUCUCGCUUUGUGUAGGGUUCUGCGAUUUGCAGAGGGAAAGCUCCUGAGACUGAGAUUGUUGACAAGGAACUCUCAAUCAAUCAGGUGAAGCGAAAUCUAGAGGACGAUGAGAACGAUUUCGAUCGCCAUUGCAUUGAUACCGAAGAGAUUUGUCCAUCGGAAUCUCCAGGGGAAAGGUAAUUCUUCGGCUGCUUCUCCCUCGUUUUGUCUUUGUUGCUGGGUACGAGCUUUCUCUGGUGCUAGUGAUGGUUACAGAGAGAUACUGAGAAACGGGCUUCGUGAUAUUAAGCUAGACGAUGCUGUUGGUUUGUUUGGUGAAAUGGUAAAGUCUCGUCCUUUUCCUUCCAUUGUUGAUUUCAGUAAACUGUUGAGCGCUAUCGCUAAGUUGAGGAAGUAUGAUGUCGUCAUCUCUCUGGGCGAGAAGAUGCAAAAUUUGGGAAUUCCGCAUAAUCACUAUACUUUCAGUAUCUUGAUAAACUGUUUCUGCCGCUCCUCCCAGCUCCCUUACGCUUUAUCCAUUUUUGGGAAGAUGAUGAAACUCGGAUUUGUUCCCAGCGUUGUCACGCUUAACUCGCUGCUCAUUGGUUUCUGUCACGGGAAUCGGAUUUCGGAUGCUGUAUCUCUGCUUGAUCGAAUGGUGGAAAUGGGAUACAAACCUGAUACCAUCACAUUCAACACUCUGAUCCAUGGCCUGUUUCUCCACAACAGAGUCUCAGAGGCAGUGUCUUUAGUUGAACGGAUGGUGUUGAAAGGAUGUCAACCAGAUCUGAUUACUUACGGUGCGGUAAUAAACGGAGUAUGUAAGAGAGGCCAUACUGAUUUGGCUUUGAAUCUGCUCAAGAAGAUGGAAGCAGAAAAAAUAGAGCCGAAUGUUGUAAUCUACAGCACAAUUAUUGAUGGUCUCUGCAAACACAAACAUGUGGAUGACGCAGUCGACCUAUUCAGUGAAAUGGAGAAGAAAGGGAUUAAAGCAAAUGUUGUCACCUACAACUCCCUCAUAAGUUGCCUUUGUACUUACGGAAGAUGGAGCGAUGCCUCUCGACUACUAAGCGAUAUGAUCGAGAGGAACAUCAACCCCGAUGUAGUCACGUUCAAUGCAUUGAUCGAUGCGUUUGUGAAAGAGAGGAAGAUUUUGGAGGCCGAAAAACUGUACGAGGAAAUGAUCAGAAGGUCUAUAGAUCCUGACAUUUUCACGUACAGUUCACUGAUCAAUGGGUUUUGCAUGCAGAGUCGCCUAGAGGAGGCCAAGCAGAUGUUUGAUUCGAUGGCUAGCAAGGGUUGUCUCCCAAAUGUAGUGAUGUAUAAUACUCUCAUCAAUGGAUUUUGCAAGUCUAAGAGGGUAGAGGAUGGCAUGGAACUCUUCCGUGAGAUGUCUCAAAGAGGAUUGAUUGGCGACACAGUCACUUACAACACCCUAAUCCAAGGCUUUUACCAAGCUGGAGAUUGUGAGAAUGCCCAACAAGUUUUCAAAGAGAUGGUUUCUGCUGGUGUGCCUCGUGAUAUUAUGACUUACAACAUGUUGUUACAUGGACUUUGUUACAACGGGAAGCUCGAGAAAGCAUUGGUCGUAUUUCAAGAUAUGCAAAAGAGUAAAAUGGAACUCAAUAUUGUUAUAUAUAAUAUUAUCAUUGAAGGAAUGUGCGAGGCUUGUAAGGUGGAAGAAGCUUGGAAAUUAUUCUGUAGCCUCGACCUCAAAGGAGUGAAGCCUGAUGUUGUCACCUACAACUCCCUCAUAAGUUGCCUUUGUACUUACGGAAGAUGGAGCGAUGCCUCUCGACUACUAAGCGAUAUGAUCGAGAGGAACAUCAACCCCGAUGUAGUCACGUUCAAUGCAUUGAUCGAUGCGUUUGUGAAAGAGAGGAAGAUUUUGGAGGCCGAAAAACUGUACGAGGAAAUGAUCAGAAGGUCUAUAGAUCCUGACAUUUUCACGUACAGUUCACUGAUCAAUGGAUUUUGCAUGCAGAGUCGCCUAGAGGAGGCCAAGCAGAUGUUUGAUUCGAUGGCUAGCAAGGGUUGUCUCCCAAAUGUAGUGAUGUAUAAUACUCUCAUCAAUGGAUUUUGCAAGUCUAAGAGGGUAGAGGAUGGCAUGAAACUCUUUCGUGAGAUGUCUCAAAUAGGAUUGAUUGGCGACACAGUCACUUACACCACUCUUAUUCAAGGCUUUUACCAAGCUGGAGAUUGUGAGAAUGCCCAACAAGUUUUCAAAGAGAUGGUUUCUGCUGGUGUCCCUCCUAAUAUUAUGACUUACAACAUGUUGUUACAUGGGCUUUGUAAUAACGGGAAGCUCGAGAAAGCGUUGGUCGUAUUCCAAGAUAUGCAAAAGAGGGAAAUGGAACUCAAUAUUGUCACAUAUAACAUUAUGAUUGAAGGGAUGUGCAAGGCUGGUAAAGUAGAAGAUGCUUGGGAUUUAUUCAAUAGUCUCAGGCUCAAAGGAGUGAUGAAGCCUGAUGUUGUCACCUACAACUCCCUCAUAAGUUGCCUUUGUACUUACGGAAGAUGGAGCGAUGCCUCUCGACUACUAAGCGAUAUGAUCGAGAGGAACAUCAACCCCGAUGUAGUCACGUUCAAUGCAUUGAUCGAUGCGUUUGUGAAAGAGAGGAAGAUUUUGGAGGCCGAAAAACUGUACGAGGAAAUGAUCAGAAGGUCUAUAGAUCCUGACAUUUUCACGUACAGUUCACUGAUCAAUGGAUUUUGCAUGCAGAGUCGCCUAGAGGAGGCCAAGCAGAUGUUUGAUUCGAUGGCUAGCAAGGGUUGUCUCCCAAAUGUAGUGAUGUAUAAUACUCUCAUCAAUGGAUUUUGCAAGUCUAAGAGGGUAGAGGAUGGCAUGAAACUCUUUCGUGAGAUGUCUCAAAUAGGAUUGAUUGGCGACACAGUCACUUACACCACUCUUAUUCAAGGCUUUUACCAAGCUGGAGAUUGUGAGAAUGCCCAACAAGUUUUCAAAGAGAUGGUUUCUGCUGGUGUCCCUCCUAAUAUUAUGACUUACAACAUGUUGUUACAUGGGCUUUGUAAUAACGGGAAGCUCGAGAAAGCGUUGGUCGUAUUCCAAGAUAUGCAAAAGAGGGAAAUGGAACUCAAUAUUGUCACAUAUAACAUUAUGAUUGAAGGGAUGUGCAAGGCUGGUAAAGUAGAAGAUGCUUGGGAUUUAUUCAAUAGUCUCAGGCUCAAAGGAGUGGUGAAGCCUGAUGUUGUAACCUACAAUACAAUGAUCUCAGGGUUUUGUGGGAAAGGCUUAAAGGAGGAAGCGGAUGCCUUGUUCAGAGAAAUGAAAGAAGAUGGGCCUCUCCCAAAUGACUAUACAUAUAAUACGCUAAUCCGGGCGCACCUCAGAGAUGGUGACAAAGCCGCAUCAGCCGAACUCAUCAAGGAAUUGAGGAGUUUGGGCUUCUGUGGGGACGCUUCAACGAUUAGCUUGGUCGGGAACAUGUUGCAUGAUGGGAGAUUAGACCAAAGCUUUCUGGACAUGCUUUCUUAAUAUAGCUUCAUCAUCCUAGAGCGAGGUUUCAGACAAGAGUCGACGAUGCAAACACUUGUCGUCGUGUUAACUCAAGAUUCUAGAAUAGUGCUCAAAGUCAGUGAAGCUUCUUUCACUAAAACUUCAGACUUCAAAUGAUGUUUGGUAACUGAUUAUAAGCUUGGUAGUAUUCAGUCCAGAAUCCACUGACACCGAGUUUAAACCUCUCAAAACAGACAUAAUGGCGUUGAAGUCACAUCUGUUUUUACUGUCGGAGGCUAUAUAAACUCUGGCUCUGUAAGGUGUGGGAUCUUAGCACGCUUCAAAGGUGAUGAAGUGCUUGCUAACGAGAAUGAAGUUAAAUUCACCGCUGAGAUCAAGAACGUGUGUGAGCCGUCUUUACCUUGGAAGCACCAUCGACACUUGUACUUCUUCCUCUGCAUCGAACUGGUGUUAUCAAGGUUCUCACUGCACCUCGUGGCCACACCGACAAUGAGUAACCACUCUCUCUGUGCUGCGUUUUCGUUUUCGUUUUCAUGUUUAAGUUGAGACAAUUAUGUGCGAGUCCUAUGGAGUUUAGUGAUUCAUGUCAUUUGUUUUCACAAUCUAAACUUGAUUACCUGAGCUGAUUAAAACCAAUUUAUGAUGUUGAAAAUUAUUCUCUUCGUUUGGUAGAUCAAUUUUGUAUAUGUUGUGUAUCAGUUCCACUUACUCUCUCACACUAAUGAUCUCGUAGUUAAACCACAAGCCUCAUAACUAGGCCCAUUUGGAAAUAAUAUCAUUGGGCUGAUCAAGAGGCCCAAUUUAGUUUACUCGAAGCCCUUUUCUCCAAAACCUACAAUAUCUACUUAUCCCCUCCGCUAUAAAUGGUAAGUUUUCACUCUCUCACGUUUUUUACACACACGUCACUAUCUUCCAAAACAGCGUCGUUUCAAGGAUGAGUAAAGCAGGCGGCAGCAGCUCCGGCGUCAACAACAUCCCGAAGAACCGGUUCCAGAAAAGCGGUAGCGAGGAGGUGUACGAGGUGAAGGAGACGGACACGUGCCUGAUUUACAGAGUCGACAUGCCUGGUUGUCCCGUGUCGGACCUCACCUACUGGAUCGACCGCGACAAAGUCCACGUCUUCGCCGACGAACCCGCGAUGCCCGAGUACGACCACGGCGGACGCAAAUACGGAGGCACGUUGCUUUUCAACACCGAGUUUUACGACGUCAAGCGAGCCAAGGGUAAGCUUCUCAACGGCGUUUUCUGGCUCACCGUCCCUAAAGUCCCCGGCAAAAGCAUCAAGCUUGAUGUCAUUGAGAAGAUGCUGUAUGAUUUCAAGGUCACCAAAAAAUGACGUCGUUUUGAGUGAGUCCGUACGUCUCGCGUCUCUGUCUCUUGCCUCGUAAUGGUGUCUCUCGCUAGGGUUUAUGGUAUUUUUCUGUUUUUUUUUUUAAAUAAAAGGGUCUCUAUGACGUCAACUUUGUUUUAGCUGGUUUAUGGUUUUUCUUCUGUAUCAUCUGAUUGAUUAAUGUCAUCAGAACGUUUCUUUGAGGCUAUAACGAGAUGUUUAAG